CCCGGCGUGCUUACGCUUGCAUUGCGCCUUUUUACGCGUUACUGAUCCUUGGAAUUUGAACGAACAACCUGCUCACAAAGCCAGCGAAGUAAUCCCUGUAAGCAAGCACAAUGGCCGACCGUCGGCGUGCAGAGCUUGCCGAGAGCGUCACCGAUGCGUGCGAAGGCUUAACGCAAUGCGGCUUUCUUGGGCUCAUGGAGACGCCCGUCCUCAAGGUCUUCUCAGAGCUGCACAAGCUACACGACACGGAGCAGCUAUCGAAUUUAAUCGCUGCGCUUGAGGAUUCGGCUGCCCGCAUGAUGUCCAGGAAGGCCGCGCCCAGCUUUCCAGAGCUCAUGGUCCUGUCCCAGCUACUACUUGAUGUGGAGGGCCCAGCUGCCCCGCCCGAGGGCGCCGACAGCCCCUUAGACUCCGAGUUCAGGUCGCUGUCCGCCAACCUGCGUCUCGCCCUGUGCACCGCGCUGCAGCAGUUUGCCCGGAAGGGCAGCGAGGAGGCACAGCAGGGGCUGGACAUGGCCACCGGGAUGCUGCUGAUGCUGCACGAGAAGGUGGCGGGAGACCAGCUGGUGACGCUGGCGGUGGAGCACGCCAUGCUAAGGCUGUUGCACCGUGCGCACAAGUGUGUCCUGCUGAUGCGAGACCGCACCUGGGCCCUGGCGGCGCUUAACAAGCAGAUUGCCGAGCUCAAGGAGUAUAAGCCCGAUGAGAACGAGGCUGCAGAGGGCGAGGGUGACGAGGAGAUGGAGGAGGAGGAUGACGACGACGAUGAUGAUGAUGAGGAGUUGGACGAGGAGGAUGAGGUAGAUGAGGAGGUGGAGGACGAGGAGGGAGAUGCUGAGGAGGAGGCGGCAGGUGGAGACGGAGAGGGAGAGGGCGCGGAGUAAGAAGCGGUCGGGGGCUCGGCUCGGCUCCUACAUGGAAACCCAAUCCUUAAUACAUGCAGUGUUUUACGCUUUCUCAUUCGGCAUGCUGAUGUUUCGGCUGGGAUGGCAAGCAUGCAUACGUUUGUGUUUAGUGUCAUGUUCAGCGGGUUGGAUGGUUAAGCACGCAAAUUUGCCCCCCUCGUGUGUGUAUUGUCUCAUUGUCGGGGUUCCAGGCUUGCAGCGCUAACAGGGUGCACUACUGGUCAUUGCAGUCCCAUGCAUGUCGGCGGUCGCCCCACGUGUACGGAUGUUUCUUUCGCGUAUGUACGGCAGUCCCCAGAUGCUGCUCACAGGUCCCCACAUGUCUUGAUGAUGCUCGGACCGUUUACAACUCGCGGCACGUCAACCUAGUGUUGAGUUAACGUUAACGCAUUCAGAGGUACACUCAACAAGCC